GAAGAAGGGGGACGUCGGGCAAGCCGCAACAUUAGUAGCGACAGCAGCAGUGAAGCAGGAAGGGGAGGUGGAGACCGCUCGGGCGCAGGGGAGGGCGGUGGGCGCAGCUCCCUUUCCUCCCAGAGCGGCAGGAAGAGAAGCACGGGAGAAGCACAUGGCGAGGGGCGCGGACGGCAGGGGCUGGCGCACGUCCUGACUGGCUGAGAGGAAAAGCGAGCGAUUGUCCACCUGCCUGCUCUCUCCUUCCCUCCUUGCUCGGCUGCACCGCCGCCUUCUCACCCGCCUUCCCACCACCCUUCUUCUCCCCUCAGCACCGCCUGGCGAGAAGGUCGUCGCCCGCCACCCCUCUUCAGCGACCUCUCUCGGGCUGGGAGUGAGGUUCCGUCAAGGAGAGCACGAGGCGCCGGCAGCCGCCAACGAGGACCAGCGCCCUGCUUUUCUCCCUUCGGCCGCGGGUCGGGAAGAGACGGUGCCAUGUGAGGGUGGAGAAAGGACUGCUUCAUAUUUUUUUCCAACUCUGCAUAACAGACAUCUGGGGUUAUGAAGUCAGUCCUAGAUGGCCUUGCAGAUACAACCUUCAGAACAAUUACAACAGACCUUCUUUAUAUGGGUUCUAACGACAUCCAGUACGAAGAUUUUAAAAGUGACAUGGCCUCCAAAUUAGGAUACUACCCACAGAAAUUUCCUCUGUCUUCUUUUCGAGGUGAUUUCCAUCCCAAAAUGACUGCAGGAGAAGAUGCCUCUUUAGGUGCACACCCAUCGGAUCAAAUCAAUCUUACAGAUUUUUACAACAAGACCUUGUCCCCAUUUAAGGAGAAUGAGGAGAAUAUACAGUGUGGAGAUAACUUUAUGGACAUGGAAUGCUUCAUGAUUCUGAACCCUAGUCAGCAGCUGGCCAUUGCAGUCCUGUCCCUUACCCUGGGCACCUUUACUGUUCUAGAAAAUCUUCUGGUCUUAAUUGUCAUCCUGCAAUCUCGAAGCCUUCGUUGCAGGCCUUCUUACCAUUUCAUUAGCAGCCUGGCAGUAGCUGAUCUCCUUGGCAGUGUAAUUUUUGUCUACAGUUUUGUUGACUUCCAUGUUUUCCAUCGGAAAGAUAGUCCUAACGUGUUCCUUUUCAAAUUGGGUGGAGUUACAGCCUCAUUCACUGCUUCAGUUGGCAGUCUUUUCCUCACAGCAAUAGACAGAUACAUAUCUAUACACAGGCCCCUCUCUUACAAAAGGAUUGUUACUAGGUCCAAGGCUGUUGUAGCAUUCUGUGUGAUGUGGACCAUAGCUAUUGUAAUAGCUGUUCUCCCUUUGCUUGGUUGGAACUGCAAAAAGCUCAAUUCUGUUUGCUCAGAUAUAUUUCCUCUAAUUGAUGAAAAUUAUCUGUUGUUCUGGAUUGGGGUCACCACUGUACUCUUGCUUUUUAUUGUUUAUGCCUAUAUGUAUAUACUCUGGAAAGCUCAUAGCCAUGCUAUUAGGAUGCUCCAACGUGGAACUCAAAAGAGCAUAAUAAUUCAUACUUCAGGGGACGGUAAAGUGCAGCAGAUCACUAGGCCAGAACAAACACGUAUGGACAUUAGGUUAGCCAAAACUUUAGUCCUCAUUCUUGUGGUUCUGAUCAUCUGCUGGGGUCCCCUACUUGCUAUUAUGUUGUAUGAUGUUUUUGGGAAAAUGAACAAGCUUGUCAAGACUAUCUUUGCCUUCUGUAGUAUGUUAUGUCUGCUGAAUUCUACAGUGAAUCCAAUUAUCUAUGCUCUCAGGAGCAAGGACCUGAGACAUGCUUUCAGAAGCAUGUUUCCAUCUUGUGAAGGGACUGCACAACCCCUUGAUAAUAGUUUGGAGUCUGACUGCCAGCACAGACAUGCUAACAAUCCAGGCAAUGUCCACAAGGCUGCUGAAAGAUGCAUUAAAAAUACAGUUAAGAUUGCUAAAGUGACUAUGUCAGUCUCUUCAGACACUACUGCAGAGGCAUUGUAAAACAAAGACCGCUGCUCCAUGGGAGAAGAAAAUGAGAGAAAGCAAAAGAAAAUCAUGAUUUCAAAAAUGUGUUUUUUCUCAAAUGUACCAUUUAAA